UUUUACUGGGUGACCUUCAUUCUUACUUGAGUCACUUUACCGUGCGGAAAAGCGUCAUACUGCUUUUGCCUAUUGAUUUGCUGAGAUGACGCACCAGGAAAUAUUCCCGACCAAUGCGCCGAUUAGAUCAAGAUUCUUGGGCGGAGCGUUGCACGUUUUAUGUCUAAGUAACCAUGUUUAUUUCUAAUUUAAAACCAGCCAAAGUUCAUAUUUUUGAAGAACUGUCUGCUGAAGUGUGAGUGAAAUUUGCCCAGACAUGGAUACUGUAUCAGACUCGAUGCUUGUGAGGGGAUUGGUGUUCAUAGGUGGCUUCACAGUGCUGUAUUACAUGCUGAAAUGGUCCUGGAUUUGCUGGUGUGGAUUCAGAGUGUAUGUGCUGUCAAAAGUUUGGCAAACUGAUUUAAAGGCAUAUGGACAAUGGGCAGUUGUCACAGGGGCUACCGCAGGGAUUGGCAAAGCUUACGCAAAUGAGUUGGCCAGAAGAGGUCUGGACAUUGUACUGGUCAGCCGAUCAAAAGAUAAACUCCACAUUGUCGCCAAGGAGAUUGAGAGCCAACAUGGACGCCAGACCCAGAUCAUCCAGACAGACUUCACAGAGGGCCAUGACAUCUACCCUGCUAUAGCUGAGGCACUACGGGACCUGGACAUAGGCAUCCUGGUUAACAAUGUAGGCAUGAACUAUUCUGACAAGUUGGUACAUUUCCUGGACAUUCCCAACCCUGAGCAGAGAAUCACCCAGGUGAUCAACUGUAACAUCCUCUCUGUCACCCAGAUGACUAGACUGGUUCUCCCACGCAUGGUUUCAAGAGGGAACGGUCUGAUCAUCAACAUGUCUUCAGAGGCAGGUGCUCAACCACAACCCAUGCUGUCUCUCUACUCCGCCACCAAGAUUUUUGUGACAUAUUUUUCCAGAUCUCUGAAUUCAGAGUACAAGUCACAGGGAAUAACAGUUCAGUGUGUGGCUCCCUUUAUGGUGUCCACUAACAUGACCCACAACUUGCCCCCCAACCUGUUGUUGAAGAGUGCCAGUGCUUUUGCCCGUGAAGCUCUGAACACAGUGGGUCACUCUAGCUACACCAGCGGCUGUGUCUCUCACGCUCUUCAAAACAUUGCUCUGUCCAUUUUCUUCCCUGAUUGGCUACGCCUUUCAUCCUACUGUGUGAAGCAGACAGAGAAAUUUGCACAGAGCAUGGAGAAGAAAAUUGAUGAAAUGACAGAACUUUCGGCAAGCAAAGAGGACUAAGGAGUGC